GUGUUCACUAUUUCCUAGCUGCAUCCUUCAUUGCAUGGGAAUAUUCUCAAUUUAUACUGAGUCUCUUGAAUGGGCCUUUUUAGAGCUGACUAAGAUGCCUUCUUGUUUAACGUGCUUACAAGGAAGAAAGCAGCCAAAAUGCCACCCCCCCCUUAUCCCCCAGGACUUGGCAGUGGGCUGGGUGUUUUGAGUGUGUUUGGCAGAGUUUUGGUGUUCUGACUCAGCAAAUGGUAACAAAGAGGACAGCGGAGCCUUCCUUUAUUCCAUAAUCCUGUUUGCUUUUCUAGAAACCAGCUAUAGCCUCAGAAUCACUGACUCAAUUUUUGGAUCCUAUUCUCAUGACAAAGCGGCUGUCUGGUUUAAAAUGAGCCCAUUAUAAAAAGGGUGCCUCGGAUCCUGGCUGUUUGUAACAGCUUCUGACAUUCCUCCAGCAGUGGGGAGUUUGGCUCGAACGGAAAAUGUCCAGAGCUGGACCCAAGGAUACAGUCUCGUGAAAGGCCCUCCUGGGAGGAGCCGAGUCCCAACGACAACGGCAGCUGCUCCCAGCCUGUUCCACUAUGGAGUGAAAGGUGCGCUGUGGCUUCGGUGACAGGCAGAUCUCUGAAUUACUACUGUAACACCAAGGACGAUGCCGUUCCCAGAGGGAUGAGAAAUGACCUUGUGAUUUGGGGGAAUUGUGAGAGAUGAUCUUGGCUCAGGGUGACGUGGCUAUUUCUGAGCAGUCUUUAGAAACUGAACAUGGUGUAGGGCUGCAUUCUGAUCCAGUAGAUGUUAGACUGUAAGUGGGGAGCUGUGCCAUUGCAUAAAGAAGGUGCUGGGGAAUAUAACUGGUCCGCGCUCAUUUCUGUCUGUUUGAAGGUACUUUGUGUAUUGCUUCUUUCCUGCUGAAAACUAUCCCAUGUCUUAGCAGGCUACACCCUGCUUGUUGAUGCUGAGCUGCGAUGGAGAAAUAUCUUCAAGAUUCCUUAGGUCAGUGAGAAUGCAGAUCACAUUGGUCCUCUGUGCCAUGCUGCUGCUUGGCACAUUUUGGGGAGAGAAGAAAAAGACAAAAUUAGACGUGGUAUUUCUCACAACCUAAGCAAGUGAUCUGCCCUAAAAGAGAAGUCACUGCCCUCCAUGCUGUUUUCUUAGAAAGCGGAGGGCACUACCACACAGUGCAGUUACCACUUACAAGUUUCUUGGUAACAGCAGUGAUGCUGGGAAGAAAGAUGAUGACUGUUGUGAAGUGGCCAAGGCAAUAACAAUUUUGCAGUCUUAUGAGAAAGUUCUGCUUUGGCAGAUCUGCUAUCUACCAGGUAAGCCCCAAAGCAGAGUUUGGGCAGUGAGCGGUUAGCAGGAUAGUGCUGUGAGCAAAGCAGCUUGAUGGCUUUACUGAAGGAAGGCGAUUUGUAUCUGAGCAAGAUUUGGCUGAAACGAACUGACGAAUCUGGAAUUGAAAUCUGUAAUUCACAUGUCAUUAUCCUGCAGGUGAAAAACAUCAGUCUGCUCUGUUUAUGCCUGAAUUAUUGGAGGAAAGCUGAGAAGCGCCGAGUCUGAACAUCUCUUCUACCUGAAAUGGAUUAAGGGAAAGAGUCACAAGAAUUGUGUGGAGGAAAAGAAACAGCAAGCGUGACAGAACAUCAUGUUAGUAAUGCUUUUGCCAUUGUCUGACUUCGCAGUAUGAUCGACAAGCAAGGGAUAUAGUCAAACCCUUAUUCCAAAGAAUAGCUCUUGAUGAAUAAUUAUUGCUUGGAAGGAUCUAAAAAUUGAGUUGUACAAACAACUGGCCUGGGCAUGGCACUUCGCAAUACUGUUGUGAAGGACUUUCAAGGAUGGAAUGAAGAACAUGCACAUCACCUCUCCAGACCUGGCUGGGCUGGUGAUACUUCAGGCAACAGGAAUAUAUUUGCUCGCGAGCUCUCAAGGUCACUUUUGAAACAGGCAAGAAAAAGAUGGCCUUAAUGAAGUACUUUUAAAUCAGGUGCCUGGCUUUAAAACAACCCUUUCAGAAAGAAGUGUGAUGAUGGAUCAGCAAUUUAUGUCAGCUGUAUCACAAACUUGCAACAACAACGACAAAGUCCUGAAGCAGAACAAGCCAACUGCGGAUGUCAUCCUUGGAUGUACAAAGAACUGUGCCAUCCGUAAGAUACGUGUCACCUUCUACGAAGACAAGAAUUUCCUAGGUCGUUGCUAUGAAUGUGACAGUGACUGCCCUGAUUUUCACACCUACCUGAACCGCUGCAACUCCAUCCGUGUGGAAGGGGGCACCUGGGUAGCUUACGAGAGGCCUUACUUUUCUGGGAACAUGUAUGUUCUGACACAUGGGGAAUAUCCUGACUACCACCACUGGAUGGGCCUUAAUGACCGUCUUGGCUCAUGCAAAACCAUCCAGAUACCAAGUGGAAACCAGGGCCACAUUCAGGUAUUUGAGAAAGGGGAUUUCGGCGGGCAGAUGUUUGAAGCCACUGAAGACUGCCCUUCUGUCAUGGAGGAGUGGCACAUCCGUGAAAUCCAUGCCUGCAGGGUGCUGGAGGGCGUCUGGGUUUUCUACGAGCAUCCUAACUACCGGGGCAGGCAGUACCUGCUGCCCAAAGGCGAGUACCGCAAGCCUGUUGACUGGGGCGCCGUGACCGCUGCCGUCCAGUCUUUCCGCAACAUUGCUGAGUGAAGGGGAGAGGAGCGGUGCUGGGACGAGCUGGCCCCCGCUCCGCCACCGGAGGCAGUCAAUAAAGCAAUUGAAUCACUCGGUUCAACCUGUCCUGCUUAUUCCCAGCCAACUCCUGCAC